AUGUCGGGUAGUCAUAGGUCGUCCAAGGGUAAGGCCAGGGCCAGGGAUGCAGACUUGGAGCAAUCUUUCUCGUCUCUCAGCAUGAGCGAUUAUGGCCACCACCACGCACCACGGGCCGACUGCUACGACCAGUCGUACACAAGUCCAUACGACUCAUCUUAUGACCCAACGUACACUGGCCACAACCAGAACUAUGUCUGGGCAGCGCAGGGUUCGUAUGCUCCCACACCGUCGCCGCCGGCGACAUAUGGGAGUACUGGGGCCUAUAGCCACUAUCCGGCCACCUCUGCCACCAGUUCGACAGGAGGUUAUGAGUAUCAGAGCGAACUCUCUGGCGCCCCAGCCUAUAGCAGCUAUUCGGCAUAUGACGCCGCAUCCGUAGCAAGCAGCUCCGCGCCCUCAUAUGGUGGUGGGGGCACGGGAAGCGUCUGGAGUGAGACGGAAUCUCAGGCGACUGGGGCAUCCUCUGCCCCGUCAAGAACGAGCCACCACACCGACGUGAACAGCACCAUCAAUCGCCAAGCUGCGCCCAACCAGGUUUACGAGCUACCCUGCGAGCUCAGAGAUUUGACAGGGUGUAACGUGGUGUUCCCUGGCGACGACGAGCAUGGCUGGAUGGACCACGUUGAGAGCCACCUCGGGAGCACGUUCCCUUCGAAGCUGAGAUGCUGGUUCUGCAACGACCAUUACUUCGACGCAAAGCAGACGUCUAAUGGCGAUCUUCGUUACAACUUCACAUCGCGGAUGCAGCACAUCCGCUACCAUAUCGUGCACGAGGGCUUCCGGCCUGAACAAAUGCUGAGGGACGGGCAUGUCGUUAAACACCUCUUCGACCAUAACCUCAUCGACAGCCGCACGUACAACAGCAUCCUGACCCCCUCGACAGUGCCACCCAUACCAGGCGACCAAGGCAACCAAGGCAACCAGAGCCGGCAAGGCCACCAGAGCCACCACAGGAGCCAGAGGAGCUACCUGCCGCCGGUUGUUGAAGAGAACGUCGCCGGCGAGGGUAGUAGUAGGAGCCACCGUAGUUCAAAUCACCGGUCCGACCGCCGGUCCGACCACAAGAAGAAAGGGCAUGAGCGCAGCCAUGGACCCUCAUACAGGAGAGAUCAUUGA